CCACGUUCGCUCAUUCGUGCGCUGCCAACAGCAAAUGCCCGUGUGCAUUUCCAAACCACCAGACCACCCGCACAAUCUGUUCUGUUCCCCCAUCAGACUCCAAUCUCACAAGCCCAUCCCAUCCCCGGUACUCUUCCUCCCCUCACGCCUGCUCUGCACCCUCCCGGCUCUGUUCAUCUGCCGUGACUGGCCUCCUUUCCGGCCCCGUCCUCGUUUCCCUGCCCUCGUUCUGGCCCGGCACAUGUGUGCUGUGCUUGGCUGCGUGUACUGACAGACGCUGCCCUUUCUCUCCAGAGAGCUCGGCAAAAUCCUCAACCCAACGUCCCUAACUUGCAUACACCACCGCCGUCCUCCGACAUCGGUUCGUUUCUUUGCAGCAACUAGAAAAGGAGAGAAAAGUGUGAGAGCGAGAGAGCGAGCGUGUGUGGAGAGAGAAGAGAGGCAGAAAGAGAGAGGAGGAGAGAGAGAGAGAGACAGAGAGAGAGAAAGAGAUAGAAGAACCGCGCGAUAGAGACGUCUAGAGAGACGAGGAGAGGACGGCCAUCGUUAUUGAUUGCUUGUCGUGCGGUAUCUCUUCCUUUGGCUUCUCUGAGCGUUCUACUGCAUCCCUCUUCCCGCCAUCGACCACGUCGUCAUGGCCACAGCAGCCGGUGCGUACCCUUGGCCAGCCUCUCCUCCGCUGCGACCCUCGCCCACGCCAGACACGACCUCGCCCGUCUACCCAGGCCGCCCCAUACGUCCCAUGCCCAAGCGCCGCUUGCGCGACCGCCUCUCCGCCGAGCACGCUGCCUCAAUCGACUUCCCGCCUGAGCCGCAGAGCUCGUCACCAAUCUUCCAGUAUCCCUAUGUGCAGGAGGGAAGCGACGCGACUCAGGUGCAGGUGCAGCGGCGAGGACUGCGGGCGGGAAGCCAGGAGCAGGUCCACUGCGUGGACUGUGGGCAUGAGCACUCGGAGGUCGACAGCGACGCCGACGAGGACGAUGAGGAGAGGUUGCCAACCAUGCAGUUCUCACCCGACUCUCUUCAGAUCACUCGGAGAGAUGGAGACUAUUAUGGGUCUCCGACAUCUGCCGACGGCUACGAUUCGAUCGAGAAUAUGAGCAAUAAGAAGAAGCGGAAAAUACCCCAGUCCGGCAUGGGAGGUGGUGGCCACGGCCCUUCGAACUCGCUAUCGACAGACCUGGCCAAGAUCUCGCUAUCGUCGCGCGACGGCUCCAACGACGACCAAGACGAGGCGACAGGAACGUCAGGAGGACACGCCGGUACCUCGUAUGCGUAUGCACACAACUCGCCUGGAGGCAUCACAGCGGUCCCUUCGACCUUGUCAGGUCCGGGCCGAGGAAGAUUUAGCAGAUCGGGGCGUGGUUCGCUAGAUAGGAGACCCUUAGGUGCGUCGACGAAUGGCUUAAAUGCGCCUGCUUCACACAAGGUCCCCAACAGCUACCAGCAGUACGGAAAGACAGCUCCCGUUUCCAGCGAACCAGGUAUCAUUUCCGCCGCCAUUGCAAACGCUGCCCAAAAUAUGCCUUCGACGCCCGGCGCAAAAGGGCAGGAAAACGUCAGCAUGCUUCAGCAGCACGCAUCGAAGUCACCGCCGCAAAAAACGGACUUCACCUUCACACCAGAGGGUGGCGAGAACAGGCCCGUGUGGCCCGGCGGUCAAGCCCCGUCAGGUCCGUCAUCAUGUCCCCCGCCUUCCGCAAAGGUGACCAGCCGGCCCCGUGGCUCGCAAACAAGUCCGAAUGGCGUACCGACUCCUCCUUCGAUACCGGGCAGCUACCCUUUGCAGACAGCCCAACAGCCCAUUUCACAAUCUGCAACCACUGCCGGAGCCGCAGCUCCUCCUCCACCUCCACAAAGUACGAGUCAGAAUGCAGGGCAACAGCAGCAUCCGCCGCCCCCAUCGAAACCUCGCAAACCGCGUAGCCGAGCGCGAACGUUUGACAUUGCCGCACGCCAGCGCAGGCUGCAAAAGGAAUACCAGAACUAUCAAAACCCCCCGAAGCGCGAGGACAUCUGGAUAUGCGAGUUUUGCGAGUACGAGGCCAUCUUUGGGAAGCAGCCUUUCGCGCUGAUAUGGGACUACGAAAAGAAGGACCAGGCGGAACGGAAGAGACUAGCUGAGCGUAGACGGUUGUUGGAGAAGGCGAAGAUGAAAGGCAGAAAGGGAAAGAAAGGGAGCAAGAAGAACAACGGCAGUGCUGGUCACAACAAGGAUGCUGGGCAUGUUGCCGGUGGGAAUCAUCAGGUCUCGAACCACGGAGGUGGAGGUCAGCACUAUGAUGAUACGGUCGAGGACGACGAGUACUACGAUGGCGAGUAUCAUUACGACGACGUACAUGACGACGACUUGCCUCCCAUGCCGCACAACACUCCUGGAAGCUACCCGCCAGAACCUCCUCUGAACCAGCAUCAACAUCACCACCACGGACACAGUCACCAUUCUCAGCACCUCCACAAUGGCCAUGAUCAUGCCAGUGCCAAGGCUGGUUACGCCGAAUCACAGUACUCCACGCCGGAGCUGCCCGACGCGAAAUUUGAGACCAAGAGCUCAAAGUGAGAUAUCUUUCCUCUUCCGUCGUCGUUGCAGUUCUCUUGGCCGCGGAAUUUCGGGCACAAGGAGCAACGAACUCUGCGGCAAACAAAUUUUGAUUUUGUGUUUGGGCUAAGCAAGGCGUCUUUCACUGGUCAUCUUUUGCAUCUUCGAACGGCGUCCAACUUGGAUCUUUGAAUGGGCAUAGCACUGGGCUUCGGGGCUGUUGUUUUCUUGGUCUUUCCUCCUUCCUCUUGUUUUGCACUGGAUUCUUCGCCUCUUUUUCCCUUCAAAAUUCAAACGGCACUUUUCAGCAGGCAUCAUUUGGCACAACAAGCAUCUUUUCCACCCAAUCAUCAUCGUCGUCGCCGUCAUUACCAAGCAUCACAUAAGAACGUAACCUUGGCUUCCACUGUACAAACACCACUCUCACCAUUUAAACCUCACCGUUCAUCGACCGAAGACGGCGUUUUUACGCUCGUUUGGUCUGGCCUGACGUGUGGUUUUCCCCCACAUAGCGGUCUUCUCUUUAUUUUCCUCCUUUUUUUUCCUCCAUCGCAUCGAAAUGGUCCAGAAAGGCCCUUUUUCAUCCACGGGAGUCGAUUUGGCCUUUGUCUGUUAAGAGACGAACGGCUCCCGUACCAAAUCAAUCCUCCGCUCCACAAUAUCAGCAUUGCCAACAAUAGAACCGACGAUUCUUCCGCCACCAGAUUCUUUGCGAGCCCCCCAGUCGUCUCCACUCGACUCGCUCGACCAAAAAUCCUACUCUUGUCAAACCCCGUUUUUUCUUCCGUCUUUCAAUAGAAUGGGGAGGCCCGCGGGCGGUUUACUCAAAUUGAAUCUACUUGUCCCUGAUGGGCUCGAUUUGACAAACCUGCAACCCCCCUUUUCCAUUUUUGCUUCAUCAAUUCUCUUCUUCUCCCCCGGCCCACUUCUUCAUCGUCCAUUCUUCCUCUAUCACCGUUCACUCCCGCUCCUCCAUCCCCCUUACUUUCUUCCGCC